AUGGCUGUCAAACAGGCGUUUUAGAAAUGUAGAGUUGUCUUUUUUCUCUCUUCUCUCAGCUGUUGUGUUGCGUUGCAGCAGCAAUUUUGAGUGAUGUGAUGUCUGAUAAGCGUCAGCGUGCCAGAGUCCAGGGCUCCUGGGCCAAACAACUGCCAAAACACUCUGGACCAACGGGAGCAGCCCCAAACAACCAACAACCCAAAAAUCUCAACCAAGUCCCUAAUUCUUGGGGAUGUGGGCCACAGAAAACUCCUAAGACAUUUGAGUUUCACCAACCCACCAAGCCAGUUAGAGAUGUUCCACCCGAGAAGGUGAUAGAAGAAGCAGGUGAUUAUGAGAUCAGCCAUGGACCGUCAGGAGUGUCUAGACUGCAACUGCUGCCUGGGUUUCUCCCCCCAGAAGAGGCUGACUGGAUGUUCAGUAAGCUGUUGGCAGAGCUUCCCUGGUCUCAGAAGACCAACUACAGACAGGGUGAGGCGUACGAGGAGCCCAGGCUGACUUGCUGGUAUGGAGAGUUGCCCUACACAUACGCCCGCUCCACCAUGGCUGCUAACACACAGUGGCAUCCAUUGCUAUUAACCCUUCGCAAUGCAGUAGAGCAGGCAAGUGGACACAGCUUCAACUCACUGCUGUGUAACCUGUAUCGGGACGGCCAUGACAGCAUUGGCUGGCACAGUGACGACGAGGCCUCAUUGGGUAACAAGCCCACCAUCGCCUCGCUCAGUCUCGGCGACACCAGAGUGUUCAGCCUCCGCAAACAGCCUCCACUUGAGGACAAUGGUGACUACACUUAUGUGGAGCGGAUUCGGGUUCCUCUGAGUCACGGGACGCUUCUGCUGAUGGAAGGAGCCACACAAGAUGAUUGGCAGCAUCAAGUGGCUAAAGAGUACCACGACAGAGGCCCACGCAUCAACUUAACCUUCAGAACCAUCUACCCAGAGCCAGAGGGCCAGAGGCCGGGAACCAAGCUGCAAUUCACACCCAAGCAGCGUUAAACUCGCCUCAAAGUCAGGUACUUAAGGCUGAAGAAACCGUGUUUUCAAAUACUGAUCCACACAGUGUUAGAUCUGAUGGUUGAAGUGCGAGCAAUGAAGAGAUUUUAUCAUCCUUCUUAGAAAGUUUGCAAGCAAUUUUUUAAAACAAGUCUAACAAACACAUCACUGAAUCACAGGCCCCAGUUUGAAUAACAGUUUUUUUCAACACUCAAACAAAGAGAUUUGCAACUUUGCCUGAAUUCAGCUGUUGGAUAAUUGAACCAUAAUAACACUGCAGUCGUGACCAGUGGUGAUUAUAGGAUAUCAGUGUUUUCAGAGAAGCUAAACAGAACAACGGUGAUAAUAAAGGUUUAAAGGCUGGAUAAAAUGUCAGCUCUGCAUAUUAAUUUGAUGUUAUUUAGCACAGACAUUUGUUUCUGUUUGUUUCAGUCAGUUUUUUUGAUAAAAUCUUUGGUUAUUAUGCUAAACACUCAUUUUGGCCCAAAUGACAUGUCAAUGAAAGUGUCUGUGUGAAAGACAGUGUCCCAUUGACAGUACAGUGAGUCACUGUUGAUGUGACUUUCAGUGAAAUGCCUGAAAACGUAAGUGGUUUUCUACCCUGUUUAUCUCAGGGAGCGUUUUUGGAGAGAACAUAGUUGCUAUAAAGGGGGAGGAACAAGUUAAGUGGCCACUUAGUCCAAUUACAGCUCCAUUGGGACUAGAAUUAGUUAAUUGUCCUGUAGAACAAGAUUUGUCUAUCAGUUUCUGAAGGCGGUAGUUCAGUUUUUUGGGUUUUUUUUUUUUUAGAACCUCUAAUAUGUCCUGAACCAGAAUCGUCAAAGUUCAUCUGAGGCGAGCGUGUUUCAAGUGAGUGAAGUGUUUUAAGAUAGAGUAAAUGCAGUUUACCUUUGUUCAACUUGGUUGCUAUUGGGGCUGAAAAACUGCAUACACUAUGUAGAAAAUAUAUACUUGAAGACAGCGAAGCAACUAAAUAAUC